AUGUUUAUUAACCAGAUCUUUACUUUUACUCCUCCUUUCCAGCAUACGCCACUUACUAUUUCUUCCCUUUAUAUGACGCAAAUUACACCGGAGAUACAAUCGCUAUUGGAUCCUGUUGUAGCAAAGCUCAAACGACAUCAAAUAAAUGAUGAUGACGACAAGGAAUUGGCCUUGAUCAUUGCCCAUCUCUUGAUGAAGGUCAUCUCCGCAGCAAGGUGGUCCAGCACGUACGAGCUCAUCAAUUUAAUCCGAGAGGUUGGCCAAACAAUCCAUAAGGCCUACCCUAGAAGAAUCAUUCCAGGUAACAUAGUACGAAGAGUGUUGGCCAUCAUCCGCGAUGAACUCGAAACCGAUAAUAAUGCUACUGGAAGUGGUGGUACUGCGAAUGAGAAUAAUGUACCUAUGAUGAGUUCCAUGUUUAGCUUACUCUCAACUACAAACAAGCAAGAAAAUGUUAAUGCUCAAGAUAAAACACCACAGACAAAGAAACAGAAUAGUGACAUGAGAAGUAUAAUUAUUCAAGGGAUUCGAGAUCUUAUUGACGAAAUCACCAACAUGAAUGAAAAUUUGGAGUCCAUGUCUGUGGACUUGAUCCACGAUAACGAGAUUUUGCUCACACCAACUCCUGCUUCAGACACCGUUUUGCAUUUUCUUUUAAAAGCAAGAUCAAAGAGAAAGUUUACGGUGUUGGUGACAGAGAAUUUCCCUAAUGAUUUGCAAAAGGCACAAAAAUUUGCCAAAAAAUUGGCACAACAUGACAUCGAAACUAUCCUUAUUCCAGACUCAACAACUUAUGCAGUGAUGUCGAGGGUUGGUAAAGUAAUUGUAGGCACAAAUGCCGUAUUUGCCAAUGGAGGGUGUCUUUCCCAAAGUGGCGUUGCCAAUGUUGUCGAGUGCGCAAAAGAACACAAGACACCUGUGUUUGCUGUGGCCGGCUUGUAUAAAUUAUCACCAUUAUACCCAUUUACGAGAAACGAGUUAAUCGAAGUGGGCAAUUCAGGUAAAGUGUUGAGUCAUGACGAUUUUGAACUUGUCAAUAAUGUUGAAGUUGUAACUAACCCAUUGGAGGAUUAUAUCCCGCCUCAACAUAUCGAUAUCUUUAUUACCAAUGUUGGUGGGUUUGCACCAAGCUUUAUUUAUAGAAUUGUGUUGGAUAACUACAAGACUGAGGACAAUAAGUUGGAUUGA